GAGUUUUAUCCACAUGUCGCGUCGGUGUCCCGACUCAGCUCCGAGUGUAUCUGCUGCUCGUCAAGAGCCUCAGUGACCGGGCCUUCUUUUUAUAUUGCUGCCUUCCUCUUAGGCCGCUCUUUCUGCCCACCUCGCGCCUCUGGCUGGCCGGUCCAUGCGCCAGGUGUUGCCGAGAGAACUCGGCCGCCGACCGCGCAGCAAGCGAGACUGACGAGCCCAAGUUGGGGCUCCCGGCAGCUUCUAGAUAACGGCCGGCACGUAGAUGUCCUACGGCCAAUUCGGAUACUCCUACCCCGCAUCGUCACAGUUGCUGGUGUCCGGCGGCGCGUCCUCGCCCAGCUGCGCCGAGCCGUCCUCGGGCGCCUCUUCGACGUCAAGCGGGAGCGGCGGCGCUGGCGGCGGCGCGCCCGAAAGCCCCAUGGCAUCCGAGCAGCCCGUUUGCUACGAACCAUCCCGGUUCUUGUAUCCGCGGCUGGCCACGGGCCUCGCCGUCAACGGCCUCUACCCACCCUCGUACGCCGACCAGUCGGGAUACGUGGCAGCACUGGGCACCAGCUCAGCAGCUUUCUACCCUUCCCUGGACAACCGGGCAACCUGGGGAACUAUUCCUCAAGCGGCGGCGGCUUGCUAUCCAUAUGACCCUGCUCUGGCUGCCUACAGCCCCUAUGGCGACAGGUAUGGGGCAAUGGAUAGUGCAGCACGGCGAAAAAACGCUACACGAGAGACAACCAACACGCUGAAAGCCUGGCUGUAUGAACACCGCAAGAACCCGUACCCAACGAAAGGAGAGAAAAUUAUGCUGGCAAUAAUCACCAAGAUGACUCUAACGCAGGUGUCCACGUGGUUUGCGAACGCUCGGCGGCGACUCAAGAAAGAGAAUAAAAUGACGUGGGAGCCGCGUAACAAGAACAAUGAAUCUGGAGACGACAAGGCGGAUGGUGGGGCGUCCGACACGGACAACGACUGCGGUGACAAGGUGGAAAGCGAAGCUCAAAGGGACAUCAAACCAGAAUUACAAGAUGCCGAACUUGACGCAAGAAAACCUGUCAUGGAGCGUGGUGAUGCUGGCUGCCUGGAUUUGCAGAGCUUGACACCACACGGAGGCGGCCACGGGUCACUGUCGACGCCAACUUUUUCGUCCUACUCAAGCAAGAACAUCCCUGUGGCGAACAAUAGCAGCAACCACAGCGUUCAUGACACAUCUUCGGACGAUGGCAGCGGGCCCAUCUCACCGAGGAUUCAACGUUCCUCUCUGCGCCACCACGGCGCCUAUCACGAUGACCGCUCAUCGGGAAACUCUCUAGUCAUUGUGGACCCUCUGGAAGGUUCUCGACCAAAGAUAUGGUCACUGGCGCAAACUGCCACGUCAGACAGCCCACCCGGUAUGCGCCGCUCACCGGCUCCGCCACUCAACGAUCGCUAUGGUUUUCAGCAAAGACUAGUCAGCGAAGCCAACGCUGGAACGGCAGGGGCAACAUCUGGCUACUACCGCGACUUACACACGGAUCCGAGCUUCAUGUCCACGACACAGCCCCUACAUGCGCAACUGGGCCACCAAAGUUCUAAGCAGUCUGCAUCCUGGAUCAAUGGCCACUCUCCUAUGGCUCCAUCAUCAGCAUCUUCAGCCGGCCACACUGACGUCCUCAACCUGACCCCCGAAGGGUCGCCGACUUCCUACGUCUUGAGCCGACCGAGCAUGGGCUGCAUAUCUCCCCAGCCACCGCAGACAGCGUUAUCGACAGUUGGGCGGAGGUUUGCCCUCGCGGAGGAGAAAGAAUCAGCAGCGGCACGCCACGAACAGUGCUUGGUGAAACCGGAAGGCAGCGUGUACGAGACAAACGUGCACGAUAUGGCCGUCGCAGAGGGGGCGAACUUUUGCCGAAGGCAGGCUCUGAUGACACUUCAAGGGAGCUGCCUCACAGAAGCUGCCACCUCAGCAGCGCUGGCUGCUUCUCGGCUUCCGGUCCACUCGACCUACAUGACUGCUGGAGAUAAGAUCGAAAAAGGUAAAGUUGGAUCUCCGCACUUGCAAACUUCAGGCAUUGGUGGCGGAAAUUCAAGCUCCUGUAUGUCCAAUAGCACAGCGUUCAAGCCUGUUCCUAAGAGUGACGUCAAGUCCAUCUGACAAGAAGAAAGUGGUACGGGCAGCACCUUUUGGCUUCAAGAUGAGUUCAAGGCGAGCGUUCCGCAGGAGAGCUUCUAGAAGCAACGUAGCCCCACCAUCCUUUAGUCGCUCCUCCUGGGGGCCCUUGUGUGUCUGCAGUGGAAGAGAGCUGGUGUUGCGCAGAUAGUGUUCCGAUAGAAAAGCUUCGGUGGACUUGUGCUGUGAACUUACGCCACUGCUUGCUCGAAGUUCUGUGGAACAGUGCGCAAAAACUGCCAGUGGGUCGUAGUGUUUCCCAUCGGCUCAUCGUCGAAGGUGGCAACUACCAAUUUCUUUCUUUUCACCGGGCCCGUCCCGGCAACACAUCAUGUUCAUCCAGGCAGAAGAACGGGGCUUUUCUACUGCUCGACAUGCCACGCAAAUACUAAAGUGCUCUGAUGGCAGCAGGGAAACACACCUCUAGUGCACGAACUCGAUACAAGAACGCGCUGGAGACGUAGCAGGGACGGCUCUGUUCAGCAUUCUAUAUAUGCCCUGACAGUCCUUGAUGAACGUUUAGUGCUGACUUGAGACAAGUGUGAUACAACGCCUGCUUGAAUUUCAUUCGAACUCUUGUGAGCGUCUCUAUAUUCUUUUUAAUUUCGUACGUUUAUUUCUUCGCUCUUGCGAUUCACAACACGUCACUUUCAGCAGGUUUAUUGUGACAGCGGCGGGAAAUUUGCACGAGAAUCCAUGAAAGAGCUAAUGUGUUUCUUUCAUUUUUAAGCUUCCUUUCUGCCCUCCGAUCCGAGUGGUUUCAUAACUAUAUAUGCAUAACAUUCAAUCUGCACGCGAACAAUCGACAUGUGGCGAUCAUUGAGAAACGUAUAUAUAUA